AUAGUAUCUAUCUAACUUAUACUAGCUUUUCCAGUUUUAUUGCACUCUCGGGAAAUUUCUCUGCUGCAGUGAAGUUGAACCCGAGCGAGUGCUUUCAGUGCUGCAUAACAUACUCGAUAAACCAGUAACUCACGCAAAUAUAAAUCUCUUGAUCGAACUUUGCUGCCAAUUGGUUAGUCGCUUACCUUUCGUUGUGGAAAAGCUUCACAGUUGGGCGAAGGAUUUAAUGGCAAAAGAGAGUUGUCUCCUAAGCCCACCUAUGGCUUAUCUUCUCUUGGCCCCUUCUAUACAUUUACCAAAGGAAAUGGACACGUUAGCGAAAGGAACGGACUACGAUCGUUAUGUUAUAGCUCGGGUAGCAUUUCGAAAUGGCCACUGGAAAGCCGUAGCUCUACCAAAUCUCCAGGCAAUAAAUGUGAACGUAGGAAGCGUACAGUGCGAAAUUGCUUUCAGUCGUGAACUAUAUGAACUGGUUGGUGACCCAAAUGCUUUACAAGAAUUGGCAGCCAGCCAGUUAAACGAAUUUUCAGUUCCUGCUUUGUAUGAACAGAACCAACGCCUAUUCAAAGCGCAUGCUCUUCUGAAGCCGAUGGCCCAAAGCUCCCAGCACGAGACCGCGUUUGCGUUCCCUAGCGAAUGGGUGGCCUGCUUACUAUACUCAUCUGAUGCGGCUAUACAGAUCGCUAGCUGCAUUAGCCCUACGCUAAGCUGGUGCAAACAUCCUCUAACAGAGGCAGUAGUCUUCCGAGUGAAAAGAGCGGUGAGUAACCACUUGGCGAGAAUUGGUCCCUGA